AUGGCGGCAGAAGAUAGGAACGGUGUGCUCCAUGGGAAGUACGAACUGGGUCGAUUGUUGGGUCACGGCACCUUUGCGAAAGUCUACCAUGCACGGAACUUGAAAACAGGCAAGAGCGUCGCCAUGAAAGUUGUCGGCAAAGAAAAGGUCAUGAAAGUAGGAAUGAUGGAGCAAAUCAAGCGCGAAAUCUCAGUCAUGAAGAUGGUUAAUCACCCAAACAUCGUCGAGCUUCACGAAGUCAUGGCAAGUAAAACCAAGAUCUAUUUCUCCAUGGAACUCGUUCGCGGCGGCGAGCUCUUCAACAGAGUAGCCAAAGGCCGGUUAAGUGAAGAUUUAGCCCGGAAUUACUUUCAACAGUUGAUUUCCGCCGUUGAUUUUUGCCACAGUCGCAGUGUAUACCACCGGGAUUUGAAGCCGGAAAAUCUUUUGUUAGACGACGAUGGUAAUCUGAAAGUGACUGAUUUUGGGCUCAGCGCUUUCUGCAAUCAUCUCCGGCAGGAUGGGUUGCUGCACACCACGUGUGGAACUCCGGCGUAUGUUGCGCCGGAGGUGAUCGGGAAAAACGGGUAUGACGGAGCCAAAGCUGAUAUAUGGUCUUGUGGUGUGAUUCUUUAUGUUCUUUUGGCUGGUUUUUUACCCUUCCAGGAAGAUAAUAUUGUUGCUCUGUAUAGAAAGAUUUGCAGAGGAGAUUUCCAGUGUCCGUCAUGGUUUUCUUCAGAAGCUCGAAGACUGAUCACCAAAUUGUUGGACCCGAAUCCACACACUCGGAUUACAAUCUCCAACAUCAUGGAUUGUUCGUGGUUCAAAAAAUCUUUUUCAAAAAACGUGAGUUCUAAAGAAGAACAAGAAUUCACGGUUGAGAACGAAAAUUAUGGUGGAAAGUUGGGGAAAGAAACAGAGACUCUCAAUGCUUUUCACAUAAUUUCUUUGUCAGAAGGAUUUGAUUUGUCCCCGCUGUUUGAAGAAAAAAGACAGGUAGAGAAAGAGGAGAUCCGGUUUGCGACGACAUCGCCGGCGACCAGUGUGAUAUCAAGAUUGGAGGAGGUGGCGAAGACGGUGAAUUUCAGUUUCAAGAAAAGUGACUCCGGCGUGAGAUUGCAGGGUCAAGAAAGUGGAAGAAAAGGGAAGUUGGGGAUCGCCGCCGAUAUUUUCUCGGUGACACCAUCUUUUCUGGUGGUGGAGGUGAAGAAGUCAAGUGGUGAUACUCUGGAGUACAACAAGUUCUGCAGCAAGGAGCUCCGGCCGGCGCUUAAGGACAUUGUCUGGACUUCGUCGGUCAGUAAUUCGACGGCUGCCUGA